GUGGAGUGCUCUUUUAGCCGAAGGUUGCUGCUCGCAGACUUUCCGAGAGUAGCAGAGGGGUGUGCCUCGACCUUCAGCAUUCCUGCGCAAACAUCGCCGAGACUGAAGAUAAUGGGAGACCCUAACGUACGCCCUCGAUACCUGGACUUCGAUGGCUACCGCUUGUCGACUGCCUUUGAUGGCGAUCUGCUCAAGUCUGCUCUCAACUACAAGCCGACUCCUGAGGACGUGUUCAUUGUGACGUACCCCAAAUGCGGAACCACGUGGGUUCAGCACAUCGUGUACCUCAUUUUCAGCAGGGGAGAGAAACCCAAGAGCGGUCUAGAUUUUCUCAAGAACAGUCCCUUCAUCGAAAUGCUGGGGGCCGAUUCUGCCCACACCAUGAACCGACCGGGAGCUAUCAAGUCCCACCUGCCUUUUUCGAUGAUACCCUACUCGAAGGAUGCCAAGUACAUAUAUAUCUGCCGCAAUCCAAAAGACUGCGUCACAUCCUUUUAUCACCACACGAAAGGUUUCUCGGGCUAUGAGUUCACCAACGGAACAUUCGAAGUGUUCUUUGAUCUUUUCUGCAACGGGGAGACCGAUUUUGGAGACUACUUCGAGCAUAUUCUCUCCUGGUACGAGCAUCGCAAUGAUCCUAACGUUCUCUUCUUGCACUACGAGGAUAUUAAGAAGGACCCACGCACAGAGGUGCUGAAGAUCGCUAAGUUUAUAGGUGAGAAUUACUACCAUGAAUUGCUGGACGACACAGCGUACCUCGAGAACGUUCUUAAGCACAGCGAUGUGUCUGCCAUGAAAGAGUACACCAAUGACUCCUUGGGGAAGUUCUUCACCAACCCACUCAGUGCAGCUGAGGAAGAUGUUCCGGAGGGAUUGAGGCUAUUCCACAAGGUUUCCCAAGAGACACCCAGCGAGGCUAAGCUUGUUCGCAAGGGAAUUGUCGGGGACUACAAAACCCACCUGACGCCGGAGAUGAACGACAGGUUAAACUUGAUGAUUGUGCAGAAGCUACAAGGGACAGAGUUUUCGGAUGUCUGGGAGAAGCACGGUAUAAUAUAAAGCUUUGUUUAUUAGGCUCGCGUCACCAGCGGAGAUUACAACGGUGAACGUCGCUAUCCAGUUUACUCCUAUACAUUAUGCAUUUGCUUAUGGUGUAUGCUUGCAAUCAAGCUACAGCCUUCUCAUUCCUAAGGCACACGGGACCAAGCAAGGCAAGAACACAGUGCUGUACGCUUGCCAGACCACUCUAAGCAUCUUCUUUGUAUGGUGAUAUUUUAACAAAUUAAAGCUGCAUAUAUAUUUAUUCGCAA